CUUCCUCUUCCUACCACAUUAUCUGGUCAACUAACUUUGAAAAGCCUACUUUUCUGAGCCAAAGUUCACACAUCCUUGUCAUCAGUGCUAAGCUCAACGUGGCAGCAAAGAAAAAGAGAUAAACAUGAACGAUAUUCUGAUUGAAGGAUUUCCUUUAUUGACUAUCCAUCAUCCAUGCAAGAAACAAACAGAAGAGUGUGCAUCUGAGGAGAUCUGUGCCUAUAAAAAGGAGCCGACAGUCAUGAGGUUCAGACUGACGAUGGCAAGAGAGGAAGAUCUGGAAACAGUUGGCCACCAGGAAACACCACAUCCAAAAGCCGAGUGGGAAGAUACAGACAUUGAGGAUAACUGUUUCAGUGAUGAAGAACUGCUUCUUGUCUCCAUGGUUGAUGAUCAGGGCUCCGACUCUGACAGUCCUUCAUGCCACAGCUGUGAUUUUCAGUUUAACAAAGCUGUUGACAUGUCUGAGAAAGCUGAGAUAGCUCAAAAUUUUGCAUGGAUUGGGCAACUGUGUAAAGAGCUGUAUAAAGAAAAUAAUUUGUUCCUGAAGAGUUUUGAGGGCAAGUAUGUUGCUCCAUUUUAUAAACAGAUAUGUGUGGAGGACACCAUGUCAGCAACAAUCACCAUCUACCACAUCACCAAAGACAUCAAAUCAAGAGUUUCCGUUGUGCUGAACUUCACAGGCACGGAUAACUUCUUUUCCUGCACCAAGCAAGGUGAAAAAAACAUUUUAACACUUACGAAAUAUGACAAAAACAAGCUGCACAGCAUUUCUCCAGAUGACACUGAAACAUCAUGCCUUGUUUUCUACAUGUCUCAAUCUGCAAGCUGUCUCCGGCGCUUCGAAUCUGCUCUCCACAGAGGGUGGUUUAUACACAACAUAGACAGUGAUGAUUUGAAAAUGCAAAGAUGCAACAGUUACCCACCUGGCAAUGAUCCGCCCAACACCUUUUUUUCCGUCAUUAAAAGUUAGACCACAUAGUGACCUGAACAGUCUCUCCUAUCUCCUUAUAAUGAAACUUCUAACUGCGUCCAUGCAUAUUUACUUUAAUGUCCUUUUCAGAGCCCAAAUAUGCCAAAAAUAAUCAUCAUUGUAAUCAACACAAUGAACAAACGUUGUACUUUUUAUUUUAUUUAGCUUAAUACUACAAGCUUAGACCAUUAUAAUAAGUGUAAGAAUGUUAUUUAUUAUCAUUAUCUGCAUUAUUUACAUUAGCAGUUAUGAUGUUUUAAACUGCCAAUACUUUGGAAAAUUAUAGUGGUGUUAAGAUAUAUGCUCUCAACUAGGCAUUGUUUGUCCUCAAAUACAACUAAAAAAAGUAAUUGUCUUUUUUAGACUGUUCAGAUUAAUCUGUUAAAUUGUAAAUUGUUAAAAAGCAUUGUUUGAUUGUUACUAAUAAUAGAUCUUAGAUGUGUUUUUUUAUUAUUUUUUUAUUUUGUAUUGAAGGUUAAAGACAGAAUUUUGGUUGGAGACAUCUUUUAAAGAUUUUCGUGUUACUGCCAUUGCAAAAGUAGAUGUGUACUGUGUUACUUAAAGCUGAACCGUAUUUACCCCAUUAUUCAUAUGCAUGUGUUUGUUAAGCUACUUUGAAACUGAUAUUUAUUUCAGAGAUGGGACCAAGCGAGUCUAAAGUCUUUGCAUUUAAGUCCCAAUGCAAGACAGGCAAGUCCAAGUCAGGUUACAAGUCGUCAACUUUAAACUUCAAGUCUUAAACAAGUCACUAGUGCUCUUUGCCCAAAUUAGUGUCAGAUUAUUCAUUACUAAUUACACCCUCCUCAGUUUUAGCACAUUUUAGCACAAUGUGUGGACUUUUGAGACGACCCCCUAUUUAAUUUUAAAUUAAUGAUCUGGUACGAUUUCGCCAUGACAGCAUCUGACCAGCUUAAAUAUGGGACAAAUCACAUCCCGUAUUGAUUUGAUACGGGACGCAUCAUUUCAUCUUUAAAUACAGGAUGAUUCCGUAUUUGAUCUUCGUUAGUCUACAGUGCAUCGUUUAGCUCAGCAAUGAGGCAUGCAAAAUAAUUCAUGCCAAAGCUGUAGUUGUAGUGCACUGAGCUCCGUGAAGCUAAGUAGCUAGCUAGCUAACCCAGCUAACACGAUAAGUUAAAUGCUAUUGAACCAUGGCGUGUAAGAGUUAACAAUCUCUUAACUUAGCUCUGUCUGGGGGUUUUCAGAUUGCCUCACAAAACUGGACGUUGUUUAAGAAGCGUCUGUAAUUUUUGAACCACAGGUUCUACAUGUUGAAAUCCUUUUGUUGCCUUCGAUAUUGUAUUCUUUAUAUCCAGAUGAAAUUACCUUUGGUUUAAUUUUGGUUGUGUCGUCCUUGAAUGCACAAUGUUCAAGCUUAGUCCUGUGGAAGAUGAUUGGUUGGUUGUCUGAUUAGUUGAAUGUGGAACAUGGAAAUGUAAAUUUGAAAAUCAAAUGAACUGUUUAUUGGGGAAAUGUUUUGCGCCACAUUUUUAAAUGUACAACUCUGAUCUUUGAUUUUAGAAGGUAUAACGUUUUUCCAAGUCAGAGGGAUCGAGUCCAAGUCAAGUCGCAAGUCAUCUUUGAUUACGUCGAGUUGAGUUGCAAUUCAUCAAAUUUGUCAAGUCAUGUGGCUUGAGUCCACAUCCCUCAUUAUUGUUCUAUUUCAUUUUGUUAUUGUUUUCAUAAUAUUUUUUGUACCAAACCAAUUUUGUUUGUUUUACAUAGAACAAAUCUUUAAAAUAAUACACUGUUUGUCCUUUUUUUAAACAAUAUUAAUAAUAUUAACCAAUAUUUACAUUUGUCUGUAUAAGCUAUGAACAUAAGCUAUCCUGUUUUUACAUUAAAUUAAUCAUAUUAUCAUGAGCUUA